CACCUUCUCGGAAAUAUCAACUUAUUGUUUUCGUGGUGCAGCUCUCGAUUUCACGUGCGGCAUCCGACUCGAUUCAUUAUUGAAUUAUUUCAGUGGAAUUCGUUAUCGAUUUUCUGCCAUCCUUCGCCUCGAACUCGGCCGAGCUGAACUUGCCGGUGUUUUGGUGGCUUCGCAGCAGCAAACCUCAUUACAGGUCAAGCACUCGACUUCUUAUUUUUUUUUUAAGUACUGAUUAGCGGCUCGGGGUGUGAUUUGUUCAGGUGGAUUUCCGGCUUCUUUCCCGGUGGUGCGAAAACCUAGUUUAUUGUGGUCUCCGGUUUCCUGUAGAAUGGUAGUUUCCGGUCUGUCUUACGAGGGCCCGACUUUCAAUAGGUGUUCCUACAGUUCCGUGAAUUUUGAGGACGAUGAUGGUUGCAUCAGAUGCGGACGAUAUCGCAAUAAAUGCAAGCAUAUCUGCAAAAGCCGCUUGAUUAGAAUUACCAUACUAACCCUGAAGGUGGUGAUUGUCCUCAAUUUAGCCCUUUUUGUGAUCAUACCAUUAAUCUUCAAAUUCAGCUAUACUCUGCAAAGGAAAGCAGUUUUCCUAAAUUAUGGUCCCGUAUCACUCAAGAUUGCAGCCAUGUUGAAUUUUAAUUUGCCGAAGAAUGGUAAUUAUAGUGAUCCGGAACUAUUUGGACUGAAGGGUGCAAGAAAUCUAGUUCUUGAUAAUAAUGGUGUCAAACUGGGAGUAUGGCAAAUUUUACCAUUCCAAUUAGCUUCGAAUAAGACUAGUGAUGAAUUCUUUGAUUCUUCCCUUAAAAAUGGUCAGAAUGUAAUUGUAUACAACCAUGGAAACGCAGGAAGUAGAGCCACUGGACAUAGGGUGGAACUGUACAAAUUUCUAAGGAAAUACUUUCAUGUUAUAAGUUUCGAUUAUAGAGGUUAUGGUGACUCAUCUAUUGAUCCACCCCCAACUGAAGAAGGCGUAGUUAGCGAUUGUGUAUAUAUAGUUAAUUGGAUUCGUAGAAAAAUAUCCCCAGACAGUCAUGUAUUCCUUUGGGGACAUUCCUUAGGAACCAGCAUUACCCUAGGGGCAGUGAAGGAGCUCAAAAAAAAAGGUUUUGUUCCUAGUGGAGUAAUUUUAGAAGCUCCAUUCAAUAACAUGCAUGAUGAAAUAGCAGAAUUUCCUCCUACUUUGCUUUUUCGUCAUCUUCCUUGGUUCGAUGCUUGUAUAGUGGAUCCUAUCAUAGAAAGUGGAUUCCGUUUUCAAAGCGAUGAAUACAUCCUUGAUGUAGACUGUCCUAUCCUUAUUCUUCAUGCAGAAGAUGACGGAACAGUACCUUAUAAGUUAGGGAAAAAGUUAUUCGAAGUAGCAUCUGAAAAGAGAUCCGAAUAUCAAGGUUCCGUGCAACUUCAAACAUUCCAGAAGAAAUUUCAUUAUGGUCAUCGAUACAUUGUGACGUCUCCAGAACUUUCUGAAAUUGUACAAAAUUUCAUAAAGAAUGCAAUAAAUGAGACCAACGCAUUACAACUUUAAAAUGAUGGAAUUCCUUCCAAAUCCGAAAGAAUUUCUGCUGAGCUUGACUAUCGUUAUUUAUUUUGUAGUAUUCAGCAUUUAGUGCUUUGUGAUUCUGUUGUUGUGAUCUUUUCCCUCCGUUUUACACCAAAGUAUAAUUUUCGAUUAG